GCCGAGGACAGUGGCCCGAACUCUGUGGUAUUAACCGUGUGCCUCCUGGGCUGCAGGAGAAAAGCAGAGCUCAGAGAGGUCAAAUGACUUGCCCAGAGGACACACAUCUCAGCUUCCUAUACUGCCCGCCCCCUUGUUUGCUGCACUGAACUUCCUGUCCUACCAGAGGAAGUGGGCAGCAUAGCAGGUGCAGUGACAGCUAGCGGAGCCAUGGACAAGGAGUAUGUGGGUUUCGCUGCCCUCCCCAACCAGCUCCACCGCAAGUCUGUCAAGAAGGGGUUUGACUUCACACUCAUGGUGGCAGGGGAGUCAGGCUUAGGGAAAUCCACCCUCAUCAACAGCCUGUUCCUCACCAACCUCUAUGAGGAUCGGCAGGUGCCAGAGGCCAGUGCUCGCUUGACACAAACGCUGACCAUUGAGCGCCGGGGCGUGGAGAUUGAGGAGGGGGGUAUCAAGGUGAAGCUCACCCUGGUGGACACGCCUGGUUUUGGGGACUCAGUGGACUGCUCAGAUUGCUGGCUGCCUGUGGUUCACUUCAUCGAGGAGCAAUUUGAGCAGUACCUUAGGGAUGAGAGUGGCCUGAACCGGAAGAACAUCCAGGAUUCCCGAGUCCACUGCUGCCUCUACUUCAUUUCACCUUUCGGCCGGGGGCUCCGGCCCCUAGAUGUGGCCUUCCUCCGGGCAGUACAUGAGAAAGUCAACAUCAUCCCAGUCAUCGGCAAAGCAGAUGCCCUGAUGCCUAAGGAAACCCAAGCCCUCAAGCAGAAGAUCCGGGACCAGUUGAAAGAAGAGGAGAUUAACAUCUAUCAGUUCCCCGAAUGUGACUCUGAUGAAGAUGAAGACUUCAAGAGGCAGGAUGCAGAGAUGAAGGAAAGCAUCCCUUUCGCAGUUGUCGGUUCCUGUGAGGUAGUGAGGAAUGGUGGGACCCGACCAGUGAGGGGACGCUGCUACUCCUGGGGUACUGUGGAAGUGGAGAACCCACAUCACUGCGAUUUCCUGAACCUGCGACGGAUGCUGGUGCAGACACACCUGCAGGACUUGAAAGAAGUGACGCAUGAUCUGCUGUACGAGGGCUACCGGGCUCGCUGCCUACAGAGCCUGGCUAGGCCUGGGGCUCGCGAUCGAGCCAGCCGCAGUAAGCUUUCCCGCCAGAGCGCUACAGAGAUCCCGCUGCCCAUGCUGCCCCUGGCCGAGACGGAGAAGCUGAUCCGCGAGAAAGACGAAGAGCUGCGCCGAAUGCAGGAGAUGCUGGAGAAGAUGCAGGCCCAGAUGCAGCAGAGUCAGGCUCAGGGCGAGCAGUCGGACGCUCUCUGAGGCCCCUGCCGGGUCCCGCCUCACCUCGGCUCCGCCCUCAGUUCGUCUCCUGUCCAAUCCCCGCGCCUCAGACCGCCCAACGCCUAAGCCUGGAGCGCCAGCUGCAGGGCCCACCUUUGCUUUGGCUUUACGUGUAUUCUCCGCCCAGGAUGUUCUCCUAGUGGCGGGAGUUGUAGCAGGUCCCUGGCCCCGCCCCCAGCCCGUCUUCCGCCCACUUCACGCGUGGGAGCCUCUGACCUCUCCUAUUAGUCCUCGGGCGUCGCUUCCUUAAGCCCAAAUUUUCAAUAAAAACUGAGUUUCCUUGAA